CUCUGCCAGCCUGCCCCGCCGCCCCGCUUCGGUCUCGGAAGCUGGGAGGAGCGGAUAUGCGGCCUCGCGGACAACAACAUCUGCCAGCGUCUUCGUGACCGUCUACCAGGUUGUCCAAACGCUGACGUGGAACGACCAGUGCUGAAUCCUCAUGGAGAAGUUUGGGAUGAAUUUCGGGGCUGGCCCGAGCAAGAGGGACCUGCUGGAGACCAUUGAGAGCCAGAAGAAGCAGCUCAUCCAGUACCAGGCCCGGCUCAAGGAUGUGGUCCGCGCCUAUAAAAGCCUACUGAAAGAGAAGGAGGCUCUGGAGGCCAGCAUCAAGGUGCUGUCGGUGUCCCACGAGGCGGAUGUGGGCCUCGCAGGUGUCCAGCCUCCAGGCCACACCUCUCCUGACUGCGUGGAUGACCGAUGCUCCACUCACAGCGAGGAUAGCACUGGGACCGCCACCAGCUUGGAUACCACGGCCAGUCUCACUAGCACCAAGGGUGAGCUUGGGGCAGAAGAUGACAGGCUGGCCCGUGGACCACCACCACCUCUAAAGUCCGAAGAGGCUAGUGGGUCAGAGAGUGGUGUUAGCAGUAGCAGCGGGGAUGGACAGUCCGCGGGUGGGGAAGUGGACAAACGGUUGCACCAGCUGAAGACUCAGCUGGCCACUUUGACAAGCUCUUUGGCCACAGUCACCCAGGAGAAGUCCCGCAUGGAAGCUUCUUACCUGGCUGACAAGAAGAAGAUGAAACAGGACUUAGAGGAUGCCAGUAAAAAGGCAGAGGAGGAGCGGGAGCGUCUGGAGGGAGAACUGAAGGAGCUGCAGGAGCAGAUAGCAGAAACCAAAGCCCGACUUAUCACACAACAGCACGACCGGGCCCAGGAGCAGAGUGACCAUGCCUUGAUGCUGCGUGAGCUCCAGAAACUGCUGCAGGAGGAGAGAACCCAGCGCCAAGACUUGGAGCUUCGGUUGGAAGAGACCCGAGAAGCCCUGGCUGGGCGGGCGUAUGCUGCUGGUCAGAUGGAAGGGUUUGAGCUGCAGGCUAAACAGCUGGCCCGUGAGGUGGAGGAACUCAAAGGUGAGCUGCAGGCUCUUCGAGAUGAGAAGAAUCGGCCGGACCCCCGGCUGCAGGAGCUUCAGGAAGAGGCCGCCUGCCUUAAGAGCCAUUUCCAGGCCCAGUUGCAGCAGGAAAUGAGGAAGACAGCCCUUGCAGAGGAUCAACUACGCCAGCAGUCUCAGCUGGAGGAGAAGAGGGUGGCAGCCCUGGAGAACCAAAUAUCCGAGGUGUCGGAGCUGCUGGGCACCUAUGAGAAAGCCAAGCAGAAGGACCAGCUGGCCAUCCAGAAGCUGAAGGAGCGCAUUCUGCAGCUGGAUCUGGAGAACAAGACGCUGGCUCUGGCAGUCUCUAGCCGGUCCCCUCUAGACAGCCAUGCAGAAGAGUCCAGUCUGGAUGUCAAUGUCCUGAAGGACAAGAUGGAGAAGCUGAAGAGGCUGCUGCAGGUGGCAGCCAGGAAAAGCCAGGUGACCUUGGAUGUAGAGAAGCUCUGCAACCUGGAGAUAAUGCCCAGCUCUGAGGCUGCCGAUGGGGAGAAGGCUACUGCGCUCUACUACCAGCAGGAGCUGAAACAGCUGAAGGAAGAGUUUGAGAGGUACAAGAUGAGGGCCCAGGUCGUCCUCAAGAGCAAGAACACCAAAGACGGUAACCUGGCCAAGGAGCUGGAGGAAUCCCAGGAACAGCUUGCAGAGCUGAAGGAGAAGUAUAUCUCCCUGCGGCUGUCCUGUGAGGAGCUCGAGCGCCAGCACCAGCAGGAGGCUGAGGACUGGAAGCAGGAGCUGGCCCGGCUGCAGCAUCACCACCGGCAAGAGCUGGAGCGGAGCCAGCUGGACUUCAGGGACCGCACGCUGAAACUGGAGGAGGAGCUGCACAAGCAGCGGGACCGUGCCCUGGCUGUGCUGGCCGAGAAGGACUUGGAGCUGGAGCAGCUGAGGUCUGUGGCAUUGUCUUCUGUGCUGCCAGGACGCAGAAGCCCUGUGGGUGGCGGGGAUCCCGGGGACCCGGCUGACAUAGCUUCCCCUGAUAACCUGACCCAAGCACUUCAACUUGCUGCGGCCAACGAGCCCACUUUCUUCCUGUACGCCGAGCAGUUGGCCCGCAAGGAGGUGGAGAUCACAUUCCUGAGGAAGCAGAAACACAGGCUGGAGGUGGAGGUGCAUCAGCUGCAGGAGCGGCUGCUGGAGGAGGGGGAGCGGCACCGAGAGGAGGUUGGGGUCCUCCAGAGCCACAUUGAGAAGAACACCAGGGACCAGAGUCGGGAGGGAGCCAAUCUGGAGUACCUCAAAAACAUCAUUUACCGCUUCCUGACCUUGCCGGACAGCCUGGGCCGCCAGCAGACGCUCACAGCCAUCCUGACUAUCUUGCAUUUCAGUCCAGAGGAGAAACAAGUGAUAAUGCACCUCCCACCCAGUGGUAGCUGGUGGCCUUCUGGCAAGAGAUGAUGUCAUCUUCACUAACUCCUGAAAUUUCCGUGCCUCUUACGUGGGAAGAGACAGGCUCUGGUUUCUACUGCCGCUUCUCUUACCUUACCGUUUUUUUUCUUCAGUGUUGAACUGGAAGGAGUCUUCAAAGUGGGAGCUGUUUUGUGAGGGUUUGAGGUGUAGAAGAAUUUGAUUAAAAUGUUCUGACUGGGAGGCUGGAUGACCUGGACUGUCUACAAACUACAAACAGUGCAUGGACUUAAUGGAACAGAAGUGAUAUGUCCAAAUGUUAAUAACAAACCAUGGAAUCAUUAAACCUGAACCACUUGA